UUUCUCCUGCACCGCUGGGGAGAGCUGGGGAGCCCUAGCCUGGCCGGAGUUGGCUGGAGCUGUUGCCAUGACAAGCAUUUUCUUAAGGAAGCUCUGCUGUUGAGAUCGUCCAGGGCUGGGGGUGGGGAAGGGGCGCGAACUUCCCGGGGAGCCAUCCCCCUGGAGAGAGCGGGAUCGGGGCCCCGGCCCAGCUCCCAGCGCCAGUUUCGGUCCGGGCACGUCGUGCUCAUUGAAAGGGCCAGGAAGAGACCCGGCCCACGCCCCGCGGCGGCGGCACCGGCACCGCCGGCACCGGCGAGCUCGCCCGCCUGCAGCACUAGCCCGCGUGCCACUCCGAGGAGGCAGGGUGCUCGGCCCACCCGCCCGGUCCAUGGACACCCGGAGGCGCAGUCCCGCCCGCGGAGACCCGGAGUUCUGCUAGACACACAGAGAUCCAGUUGUCAUCAGUAUCCAGGGAGCCCUCCUUUUCCUCGUCCUGCUGAUCUACCACCACAGUUGCUGGCUGUCACUAACAUCGCCUCCAUGUAACAAGCACAUCCUCUUUACACCUCCAUCUGGACAAGUCAAUGUAAGCUAGGAACCUACCUGUCCUGGACAACCAUUUCCGUCACCACCCAGGGGACACCAGUCACCGUGACACGAAGUCCGUCUUCUAUUUGGCUCCCCCAUCUUCUUCCUGUUCUCACUGACAGGCUUUGUACAGAAGAAAAGCUCAAGGCUUGGGUUGCUACCUUUAGGAGAUAUUAUUACUCUGUUUUCUGACUGGGCCCUCACAGAAGCAAGAAGCAGGAAAAGGCGGGGACAAGAAGGCAAGAGACAUUGGGCAUUUGAGGGGAGACUCCUCAUAUUCUCUGGUUGAGGGGCUGGGAUCACAGAUACAAUGACGAACCCAUCAGGACAUUCCUUUCCCGCCAACUCGAUGGCUGAGAGCCAUGAAAGUGACUUUGGUUUUACGUUAAUGGAGUUGAGGAAACUCAUGGAACUUCGUGCAGCUGAUGGAGUGACUCACAUCAAUGUCCACUAUGGCGGGGUACAGAAUAUCUGCAGUAUACUGAAAACCUCCCCUGUGGAAGGUCUUUCUGGGAACCCUGCUGACCUAGAGAAACGUAGACUCAAGUUUGGACGGAACUUCAUACCCCCCAAAAAGUCCAAGACCUUCUUAGGAUUAGUGUGGGAAGCCCUUCAAGAUGUCACGCUCAUCAUCCUGGAGAUCGCAGCCAUCAUCUCCCUCGUCCUGUCCUUCUAUCGCCCCCCUGGUGGAAAUAAUGAAAUAUGUGGUGAAGCCGCAAGUACUCCAGAAGACGAAAAUGAGGCCGAAGCUGGCUGGAUCGAGGGGGCAGCCAUCCUGUUCUCGGUGAUCAUAGUGGUAUUGGUGACUGCCUUCAAUGACUGGAGCAAAGAGAAACAGUUCCGGGGACUGCAGAGCCGUAUUGAGCAGGAACAGAAGUUCUCCAUCAUCCGGAAUGGUCAGCUCAUCCAGCUCCCUGUGGCUGAGAUCGUGGUGGGGGACAUCGCCCAGGUCAAAUACGGUGACCUGCUGCCUGCAGAUGGAAUCCUGAUCCAGGGAAACGACCUGAAGAUUGAUGAGAGCUCUCUGACAGGGGAGUCAGACCAUGUCAGGAAGUCCCUGGACCAAGACCCCAUGUUGCUCUCAGGGACUCAUGUGAUGGAAGGUUCUGGCCGGAUGGUGGUGACUGCUGUGGGGGUCAACUCCCAGACAGGAAUCAUCUUUACUCUCUUGGGGGCCAAUGAGGAUGAUGAGGACGAAAAGAAGAAGAAAGGUAAAAAACAAGGAGUCCCUGAAAAUCGCAACAAAGCAAAGACCCAGGAUGGAGUGGCCUUGGAAAUCCAGCCACUCAAUAGCCAGGAGGGGACUGACAAUGAAGAAAAGGAAAAGAAGAUCACCAAGGUGCCCAAAAAGGAGAAGUCGGUGCUGCAGGGCAAGCUGACACGCUUGGCCGUUCAGAUUGGGAAAGCCGGUCUGAUCAUGUCAGCCAUCACAGUUGUCAUCCUGAUUCUGUACUUCGUGAUUGACAACUUUGUGAUACAAGGCAGGCCGUGGCUACCUGAGUGUACUGCCGUCUACAUCCAGUACUUCGUCAAGUUCUUCAUCAUUGGCGUGACUGUAUUGGUGGUGGCUGUGCCGGAGGGGCUGCCACUGGCUGUCACCAUCUCCUUGGCCUACUCUGUGAAGAAAAUGAUGAAAGACAAUAACCUGGUACGGCACCUGGAUGCUUGUGAGACCAUGGGCAAUGCCACUGCCAUUUGCUCUGACAAGACAGGCACGUUGACCAUGAACCGCAUGACAGUAGUACAAGCUUACAUCGGGGGCACCCACUACCGUCAAAUCCCAAGCCCCGAUAUCUUGCCACCCAAGGUCCUGGACCUUAUUGUCAAUGGCAUUUCCAUCAACUGUGCUUAUACGUCUAAGAUUUUGCCUCCAGAGAAGGAGGGAGGUCUGCCACGGCAGGUGGGCAACAAAACCGAAUGUGCUCUGCUGGGCUUUGUCACCAACCUGAAGCACGAUUACCAGGCCGUGCGUAAUGAGGUGCCUGAGGAGAAGCUCUACAAGGUGUACACCUUCAAUUCGGUGCGCAAGUCCAUGAGCACAGUCAUCUGCAAGCCCAGUGGCGGCUUCCGCAUGUUCAGCAAAGGCGCCUCAGAGAUCAUCUUGCGCAAGUGUAAUCGAAUCCUCGACAAGACGGGGGAAGCAUUGCCAUUCAAGAGUAAGGACCGAGAUGACAUGGUGCGUACUGUCAUCGACCCCAUGGCCUGUGAAGGACUCCGGACUAUCUGCAUAGCUUACCGGGAUUUCGAUGACACAGAGCCCGCCUGGGACAACGAGAACGAGAUCCUCACAGAAUUGACCUGUAUCGCGGUGGUGGGCAUUGAAGACCCCGUGCGUCCAGAGGUUCCGGACGCUAUUGCCAAGUGCAAACGAGCUGGCAUUACUGUCAGAAUGGUGACAGGUGACAACAUCAACACAGCCCGGGCCAUUGCCACCAAAUGUGGCAUUGUGACGCCUACAGAUGACUUCUUGUGCUUAGAAGGCAAAGAAUUCAACAGACUCAUCCGCAAUGAGAAAGGCGAGGUAGAGCAAGAAAAGCUGGACAAGAUCUGGCCUAAGCUCCGGGUGCUGGCGCGGUCUUCCCCCACUGACAAGCACACACUGGUGAAAGGCAUCAUUGACAGCACUGUUGGAGAGCAGCAGCAGGUGGUGGCUGUCACUGGAGAUGGCACCAACGACGGGCCUGCCCUGAAGAAAGCAGAUGUCGGUUUUGCCAUGGGUAUCGCAGGCACAGAUGUAGCCAAGGAAGCAUCAGAUAUCAUCCUCACAGAUGACAACUUCACCAGCAUCGUGAAGGCAGUGAUGUGGGGACGAAAUGUCUAUGACAGCAUCUCCAAGUUCCUGCAGUUCCAGCUCACUGUCAACGUGGUGGCCGUGAUCGUGGCCUUCACCGGAGCCUGCAUCACUCAGGACUCCCCGCUGAAAGCUGUGCAGAUGCUGUGGGUUAAUCUGAUCAUGGACACUUUUGCUUCACUGGCCCUAGCCACAGAACCCCCCACAGAGUCUCUGUUAAAGCGUCGUCCUUAUGGCCGGAACAAGCCUCUGAUCUCACGAACUAUGAUGAAGAACAUCCUGGGCCACGCAGUCUAUCAGCUCACUGUCAUCUUCUUCCUCGUCUUUGCUGGUGAGCAAUUCUUUGAUAUCGAUAGUGGGAGGAAGGCACCGCUGCACUCACCGCCCAGCCAGCACUACACCAUCGUCUUCAACACCUUCGUGCUGAUGCAGCUCUUUAAUGAAAUCAACUCCCGGAAGAUCCAUGGAGAAAGGAAUGUCUUUUCAGGCGUCUACCACAACCUCAUCUUCUGCUCGGUGGUCUUGGGCACAUUCAUCAGCCAGGUUAUCAUUGUGGAAUUUGGGGGUAAACCCUUCAGUUGCACCAAGCUCAGCCUGUCCCAGUGGCUGUGGUGUCUCUUCAUCGGGGUUGGAGAGCUCCUGUGGGGCCAGAUCAUCUCUGCAAUACCUACUCAGUCUCUGAAGUUCCUGAAGGAGGCUGGGCAUGGCACUGCCAAAGAGGAGAUCACCAAGGAUGCUGAGGGGCUGGACGAGAUUGACCACGCUGAGAUGGAGCUGCGCCGAGGCCAAAUCCUCUGGUUCCGGGGCCUGAACCGUAUCCAGACUCAGAUUGAAGUAAUUAAUACAUUCCAGACGGGAGCCUCUUUUAAGGGAGUCCUAAAGCGGCAGAACAUGGGUCAACACCUUGAUGUAAAACUCGUUCCUAGCUCAUCCUAUAUCAAAGUGGUCAAAGCGUUCCAUAGCUCCCUCCAUGAAAGCAUUCAGAAACCCGCGAGCCAACACUCCAUCCACAACUUCAUGACCCACCCUGAAUUCACCAUAGAGGAGGAGUCGCCACGAACACCGCUGUUGGAUGAGCAAAAGGAAGAAGAUCUUGAAAACGUUUCUAAGACUUGGGCUAGGGUACUCCCAUUGGAUGAUGAGGUCACUGCACAAGCUAACACAAACAACAAUGCAGUAGAUGGCACUCAAGAACAGAUCGUUGCCUCCCAUUUGGACAGCCCUCUACAAAACCUGGAGACGUCAGUUUGAACUUUCAUUCUCUGACUCCCACCCCUGUUGUCCCUAAUUUCUUUCUCAUCUGUCCCAUCUAUGAGGUGAUGACGGGACUUUCAUUGUCAUGUCAACUGCUCCCAAGUGUGAGAGACCCCUCCCAUACACACAUCUGACUAUGAAGAAGCAGGAGCACAGACCUACAAGGAUUUCAGCCUAAACUUGAGUUUGUAGCAGGACCAGUCAAACACAGGCAGGUAACUGUAGAGUCUAUUCCUUGGGGGCAUCAGUUGUCAUUUGUAAAGGAAUGUAGCCGGUCCUCCAAGCAUCACCCAACCCAAAUUCUCCCCAGUGUUCAGACAUGCCAUCGUCUCCUGACUUCUGCAUUUUAUCCUCUGAGUCUCUGCCAUUUGCAAACUGGGACUUUAGAGAAAGAUGAAUGUCCACAGAUGAAAUCUGUUGAUGUAAGGAUAGAAUGUAUAAAUCAGCCAGUGGAAUGAUGGUUUUAAAAAUAGUUUCUACCACUUUGAAAACCUAUCCCUGAAGGCCUCUAGUUUUUUCUGUCCCUAGUGUUCUUUGGUCUUUUGUAACCCUUGUUCUAUCCCUUUACUUUUGUAAACAUUGUGAUAAUUGGGAGAAUGGAAAGGACAUAAAUUGAUUCAAAUUUGACCAUUCUCCUUUAAGGCCUCAGUGGAACCCUUGACUUGGUUCUAGAGGUAAAUGGAUUUCUCUGUUAAGAGUCCUUUUGAAGCCAUUAAUAGCUGAUAAGAAUGUUUUCCUGUUGUCAAGUUAGCAUCUCCUUCCAAACUGCCAUCUUGUCAGGUGUAUGUGGUCCUGAAGUGCCAAAGAGAUGCCAGAGAGAUCAGUCUUAACCAUAAAGCUUACACAUGUAGAAUACAGGUGAAUGCAGCUUUCACUAUGGGCCUGAGCAUCUUUCUGUUCCAGAAGAAUGCAUUUGGUAUGGCCCUGCCUACUAGCUGGUCCUGGAGUUUGAGGACCAGAAGCUAGCAGGCCUGAGAUAAGACAGACCAUCAACUCAGACUUGUGAGGUCCUCCUUGGGAUGACUGCUGCUUUCAAAGCCAUCUCCAGGGCUUUUCCAGGAUAAGACCUGAUUGUCAAGGGAAUGAGUGUUGAGAAGCCAAAGAGCCACUCUGGCAUGGUUUAAGGAAACCUCCUUGCAGGCACUAGAAACCUUGAGUGUAGGUGCCUGAGUGCCAGCUUUGACCUUCUCUUCAGUUUCCUAAUUCUACUCUUUGCCAGAUCUACAGUUUUUUCUGACUCAGAAUGUUCCAAUCUUUCAGGAACAUUCUGGAUUUGUACAUAGACAUCCAAAAGGGAAGCUCCCGUGGCCUUGUACUGACUUAAGGAGCAAAACACCCAACCUGGAGGGGCCCUUGUUUCCUCUUUCUCUCCUCUCUCCCUCUCACACAUCCCCGCUGAGCACUCUCUUGGCAGUGUGCUCCAGCUGCUGACCAGGACAGCCCUAUGCCAUCUUUCCCUUCUUGCCCUCCAUCCACUGGCCACUCAGGAGUUGGGGACUUAGCUGAGACUUCCUGGGGCAAGAUGGAGCCACCUUUGCAGGAGCUCCAUUUUAUCCCUUCCAAUACUGACCGAAGCUCUCUGUGCAGGUGGAGCUAAGCAAUGUCCCCAAUUCCCACCUCCCAUUAGAUCAAUGAAGCCCAGCCCCCUCUUGCAGAGUAUCAGGAGUCAGGAGGAGGCAUUAAGGCUCUUAGGAACUGCCACAUUUCCAUUUGGGAGAGGAAGGUGACCUGAACCUACCCCCCAGCCUUUUCUUCCAGAUCCCUCUCCCUCGUCCCUUGCACCUGAGCUGUCCUAGGUAAGAAGAAUAAAGAAACAAUACCCCUACACAUCCUCAUUAUAUGUAAUCUGUCAUUAUAGGAAAACAACUCUGAUUUUGGUUUUGUGAGGGUUACAUGUUUCAACAGUCUUUUCUCUGUCUUAAAUACCCAUUGGGAAAAAAACCAGCUCACCCAAGGAGUUAAGUGUUCACACACAUAUUAUUAAGUACAUUGAAAGAUUUAAUUCUGUCAAGUCUUUUAUUACCUCACAUCAUUUAAAGAAGCAAAUCAAUACCAAGCCUUGGAGGCCAUUUUACCAUUCCUGCCCCCAAAAGACUCGUGGUGCCUGACAGGUUCCUCCUGAGGUCUCGUGUCUACUUUUUUAAAGUCAGUGGUUUGUGUGUGUGUGUGUGUGUGUGUGUGUGUGUGUGUGUGUGUGUGUGUGUGUUUGUGUGUUCUAGUUUCCAGAGAGAAAAUAUAGAAAUAUUAUGCAAAAAAAUAUACUUUUCUUUAGAUCAGAAAUGGAUAAUUUUUGAGUCAGCCAUAUGUAUUUUCUUUAAAGGAUUUAAAAUAAAGUAAGUGCCGUCAUGUAACCCUGUGGAAGGAGCGCCUAACCAGCCGACUGACAUGACAGGUGACUUAGUAUAUUUGUAAUUGGUUUAAAAACCAGUACACUGUACUUCCUUUCUCCAAACAGCCAUCUUUAUACUUAGGGAAAAAAUUUGUUGGGUUCUAGACUUUUUUAAUAUAAAUUGUGUUGAUAUGGUAUUAAGUUGAAAUGUUUAUGUGCAUAUGUUUUUAUAUAUAAGUUUUUUCUAUUCAGUUUCAGUGAUCCAACUGGCAGUGAGAAAAUAUGGCAUAAGUUACUAAUGCUUUCCCCAAAAUGGUGCUUUGGAUUUGAAAAGGUCUGAUGGGGAGAAGGAGAAAAUGUUACCCUGGAUUUCUGUCUUGAUAACCCUAGGAAAAUGAACAGUAAACUGUGGCCAGUAAGGACCCCAUCCAGCAAAAAGGGACGCAGCUGUCAGGAAAUGAAUGUGUGCCCUGCCCCGGGCCCUGCAGAGAUGGACUGCCAGGCUCUUCUGUAGCUAGUGGUUAGGACCAGGGGCCUUCUGUUGGAUUUGUGUUUCUUGAGAAAUUAGCUACCAGAGUGGUACCAAAGACAAUCUCUCCUGGUCUGCAAGGAUACUCUGAUUUAUAGUUUGCCUGUUUUUAUGGUUCUCUCACUCCAAUGAGUUUUUGUGCAAGGAUCUGAGUUGUGAUUCCUUCCUCCCCUAGAAAGGUUUCAUUCAAUAUAUCGGAUGAGAGACAGAACAGCGAGGUGAAAAAUCAGUAGCUGGUUCUAGCCCUGGGUAACGGUGUCAGAGCCAUGUCUUUCUUGUAAGCAUCCUCUGUCUUCUGAAAUGAUUCUCCCAUCCCUAAAAAUAUUAAGAGAGAGGCUAUCUAGAAUUCCAUCCAUUUGUGGAUUCUUUAGGGUUUGGGUUUUUUCUUCCGUUUGAGCUUUAGUGGGAAGAGUUUGCACAGAUAAGUCUGAGUCUCACUGCCGAAAUCCUAGAGAGGUGUGGGAAACUCAAAUGCGCCAGAAAACCUCUUAAAGUAGCUCUCGUUUUUUUCGUCCUUACCUUCCUUGCCUUACGAUUGAAGCCACCCACGGUACCACCCCAGUCUGCACACAUGCCCCCUUUCAUAACUAGGGACCACCCCACAGCACUAGUGGGGUAGGUACUGACAAAUGCCUGCUGUUCUUAAGCCAUUCCAGCCUCUUCCUCAGAAUAGACCAGACUUGCUUAUUUUAGCUCAGUGCCAGAAUUUUUGCCUUCCCAACUGCAGUUAGACUUGCUGUGUCCUUUCUGCAUUUCUUUUUAUGUUUUUAAAUUUUUCCCUGGUACUGGGAUUAAACCCAAGACCUUCACACUGAGCUACAUCCUCGACCCUUUAAAAUUUUUUUUAUCUUUCAGACAAAGGUCUUGCUAAAUUACCCAAGCUGGGUGCAAACUUGCAAUCUUUCUGCCUCAGCCUCCCAGGCAUGCACUACCACACUUGGCUCCCUUUCCUCCUGAUCAGGAAAGAUGGAGGGAGAUGAGCUUCCCAUGACUGACUUGGCCUUUGGCUCAUGUGUUCUCCCCAUGUGUAUAUAUGCCAUAUGUGAAUAUGCCAUAUACAUGUUCCAACAAAUCUAUCUACGUUUUUGCAAAUCAGCACGCAGAUAGGAUUUUGAGUUUCUUCUUUUCAAUCACUAGUAUAACAAGCACUGGUAUUUUUGUACAAAAAAGAAAAUCAAACAAAAGAUUGACUAUUGUGGUCUGCAUGACAAACAAAUGGUGGUAUCAAAGCAAUGUGUCUCCUCGUGUGUGCGGCCAUCAUUUGCAGUCCUGCUUAGCAGCACACUGAUCUGUAUUUGCAUUUUAUAUUAUUUAAGCUCUGUGUGCAAUGUUUGCAUGUAUUUAUAUGGUUCUUAGGGGAAAAUGCUAUGAACUGGCAAAUCUGAAAGUCAAAUGUGUUGUUCCACUGGGACAAGAAGAGAAGAGGAAUUUCAAGAGGAAUAAUUUUUUUGGAACCGAUAAAGCUUUUUGCUGAUGAGCAGAAACCAAUACUGCCAUGCACUGAGAAUAAAAACCUAUGCCCACUUGUAA